AAACAAAUGAUAACUCAUCAAGAAAACAAUCUUGACUUUCCUGUUGUGGUGCUCUACGCUGCCUCUUUCUCAUCGCGAUCUUCGAGUCACGAUUGGGCCUCCUCGCCGACUCUCUCUCUCUCUCUCUCUCUCUCGUCGACGUCUUCAUCAUAUUGACUUGCCUACAUAAUCUACUUCUGUCAUUGAAGAAUCGGGGGUCGAGCUCCAAAGGGCUGGGCUUUUUCUUGAGAGAGAGAGAGAGAGGGGGGGGACACAAGGAGAAGCAACCCUAGAUACCCAAAUUCGGUAGAAAAAGAUGACGUCAUUGAAGGAAAGUUUGAAACAAUUUCAGAAGCGGCAAGAGAAGUGCCAAACAACCCUGACAAACAUUGCAGCCAAAUCAGGUUCUUCUAGGGCAACAAGUCAUAAGGCCGCGCCUUCAAGCUCUUCUCCUUUAACCACCACAAAAUCUCCAGCUCCAGCAGUCAAAUUCUCUAACGAUACAGAGAGACUUCAACACAUUAACAGCAUACGAAAAGGCCCUGUAGGAGCUCAGAUCAAGCGUGUUAUAGACUUGCUGCUAGAGACAAGGCAAGCCUUAACACCAGAGCAAAUCAAUGAAGCAUGUUAUGUUGAUAUGAAUGCCAAUAAGGCUGUCUUUGACAGUUUGAGGAAUAACCCAAAAGUGAAAUACGACGGGAAAUGCUUCUCAUACAAGUCCAAGUAUGAGCUGAAGGACAAGGCUCAACUACGAGUCCAAGUACGUAAAUAUCCAGAAGGUAUUGCUGUCAUUGAUCUCAAGGAUUCAUACCCAACUGUCAUGGAGGAUUUACAGGCUUUGAAAGCUGCUGGUGAUAUCUGGCUGUUGUCAAACUUCGACUCGCAAGAGGACAUAGCCUAUCCUAAUGACCCUCGAGUUGUCAUCAAGGUUGAUGACGACCUGAAACAGCUAUUCCGGGGAAUCGAAUUACCACGCGAUAUGCUUGACAUUGAGAAGGAUCUUCAGAAGAAUGGGAUGAAGCCCGCCACAAACACUGCAAAGAGGCGAGCCAUGGCCCAGGUUCACGGCAUUCCUCCCAAGCCCAAGGGCAAGAAGAAGAAGCAUGAGAUCAGCAAGAGGACUAAGCUGACCAACUCCCACCUUCCAGAGCUAUUUGAGAACCUUAAUGUUCCCGGAUCUUGAUGAAUACUCAUGCAGUCAUCCUGUUUGGCUGGCAAACUUUUUUUCGGCGCAAGGUGCACUAGGGUUUGUUGAUUUGUGCUUUGGAUAGUUUAUUUGAAAGAAUAAUUAUAGGACUUCAGAUUGACCCCCAGCUGCAUGAAGAUGCUUGCCGCAGUUUGUCAUUUUCACACCCUUCGUAUUCUUGAGUUCCGGGACUGUAUAUUGUUGGAACGAGUAUUUUGUGGUGGGGGGUCGUUAUGUGGGGUGGUUGUUUUCGGUUGCCGGGGAUCAUGAACGAAAUGGGAAUUCGUAAAUUAUUGUGAAGGCUUGAUCAAAAA